ACGAUACUCACAUGCCAAAUGAAUACUCAUAAGCAACUUUCUCUACAUCCGACCGACCGUACCACCUUAUAAACUGCAUGUUGCUUUAGUUAAUUAACUUGUAAAGCCACUGUACCCAGUGUCAACAUUGUGAGAACACUAUGCCUGUAAGGACCAUGAUACGAUAAUAGAAACAGAGCAGACAGAGAGUUACGACUAGACUACAUUGUGCUCCAAGCUCAGAAUAUUAUACAAGAGCCUAGAGAUGUGUGAAGUAUUACCGACCAUUAUGGACGAGUCGGAAGAGGAGGGGUCCAAACUAGAGCAGCUGAUGAUGAGCAUGCUCGAGGAGAGAGACAAACUCAUGGAGAGCCUCAGGGAGAGUCAGGAAUCAUACAAGGAGGCCACCAAGCAGCUGUCCGAUGUGCAGACCGACAACAAGAUACUCAUGAGACAGCUGCAAGCACUCAUGCCAGAGGAGGAGGACCACCUCAAGGGAUUGCUGGAGGACCUACAGAUGGGAAGAGGGGGACUGAGCUCAGAGGAUAUACGGCGAUGGCCCAUCGCUCAGCGGUUUGCUAACUUGGCCAGAGAGUUAGCAGUUGUCGGCGAGAGACUCUCAGAGAAAGAGGAGCAGAUCGAUGAGCUGAAGUCAGAGAGAAGUAACACCAGACUACUACUGGAGCACCUGGAAUGUUUGGUGGCCCGUCACGAGAGGUCCCUCCGAAUGACAGUGGUGAAGAGGCAAACUAGCAAUGCUGGGGUGAGCUCAGAGACAGAGGUCCUCAAAGCUCUCAAGUCCCUCUUUGACCAUCAUAAGGCACUCGAUGAAAAGGUUCGGGAGCGAUUGAGGACAGCACAGGACAGAAUCGCAGUGCUAGAAGAUGAGCUUAUGUUAGGAAACCAAGAGAUGAAGUCCCUUCAAGACGAAAACAAACGGAUGAAACGCUACAUUGAUCAGCGGAGGCAGUCAGUUCGCAUGAGCACCCUCUAUGACAAUGUGAGCUUGACUAAAGAACAGCAGGCUCUCAUGGAGGAACGUGACCAGGCCAUAGACGAUCUCCAGUUCAGUCUGGACGAGAAGGAUGCACAACUAGAGGAGAUGAUGCACCUGCGAGAUGAGUUUGCCGAGAAGGUGGAGGAGUUGGACGAUGAGUUGGCCAUGGCUCUAACUGAGAUCAAGAGACUUAAGAAUGCAAACAAGAAAAUGGUGGCUGAGAGCUCCCACGCCCCCAAGGUAGACCCCCUGCUGGAGUCCCACCUGGCUGAGUCACGAAAGGAGCUAGCCAUCCUCAGAGACAAAAACCAACACCUCCAGGACCAUCUGUCAGCCAUGGAGGUGAACUCUAUCAAGGCCCAAGAGGAACGUACCAGUCUGUCGGCCGAGCUCAAACAGAAGGAGCUUCUGGUGACUGAGCUAAGGUCCAAGAAUGAGGUACUCGCUAAUCACAGUGAGGAGCUGAGCCUGGCAGAGCGUAGGGAGGGCACAGCACAGUCCGUCAUUGACCAACUGCAACAGGAGGUGGACAAGAGACAACAGGAGCUCAAUGCGGCUAUAGAGAAGGAGAGUAUCAAUGAGUCCAACAUUAGCCAGCUGCAGUCAGCCGUCGACCGAAUGCUCAAAGAGUCGAGGGAGAGACUUCAGACGUACAGCAACGAGAGGAAGCAGCUGGUCGAUGAGAAGACGCAGUACAAGGACAAGGCUGAGACAAUGGAGGCCGAGCUCUUUCUGACCAGACAGACUAACAACAAACUCAAAGAGGAGAGCGAGGGACUGCGGGCACAACUCAAUAGGCUCAAGGAGUGUAAUGGCAUCUCCAGCAAGGUUGAGCUGAGGUCCAAGAGAGCCAGUCCUGUGAUGAGGAAGUCCUUGCAGCUCACCGACCUGGACACAGCCGUAGAGAACCACAGACAGAGCCCCUUGCUGGAUGCACACAAGGAGCCAGCUGCUCUGGAGGAUGCCUCAGAGGACUGGGACGUCACUAACCUUGUCUCUAUGCUCGAGAACCAAGUAUCAAGACUAGACCAACAGUUGGUGUCAAUGGGUGGGGACAUGUCUGAGGCGAGUGAGUUUGAUCGUGUGAUGGAGAGCAUGUCAGACGGGACCUACCAGGCCACUUCCUCUGCCAUGGAGACCUUCCCACACUCCUCGAUGCCUGUCCCCCGUAACACCAAGAAAAACAAGUAUCGUCCUGACGUCCUCCCCUCCGCCACUCUCUAUCGAGUGAACACACCCACUGCUCCCAGCCCCGAGCACGUCUCUCCAUCAAGCUCUGCCUCCAGUAACGAUUCAGUGGGUAAGAAGGGACUGCGACAUCGGAGCAGUUUCAGGAAGUUGUUUAGAAAGAAGAGCCACAAGAAGCACCAGGCUAGACGAGCCAGCGCCCCGGUAACACACGUAGCUGCUCGAUUCGGUGACAAUUCUUUGAUGCGAGACUCUGUCGACUUUAGUGACCUCUUGGAGAGCUCCGAGGAGAGGGAGGAUGACAGGAAGAGGAAGAGUGAGCUAUUGACCUCUGUCCUUGAGCGAGGGAUUUCGUUUAGCAAGUGGGAUGGACACACCCUCCUGGCAUGGCUGGAGGUGUGGGUGGGUGUUCCCUUCUGGUACAUUGCUGCCAUCAGAAACUGUCUACAGAGCGGCAAGACUCUCGCAAGCACAUCAGAUUCUGAGUUAGAACAAGAGCUUGGGAUCACUAACUCUCUCCAUCGACUCAAGCUGAGACUGGCUGUCCAGGAGAUCGUCUCAACUACCUCCUCUGACAAACUGCGUCGCACGACCUCUCUUUUUGGUGAGAUGGCUCAUGAGUGGGUGGGAGACUACUGGCUGCCCAGUCUAGGGCUCCCACAGUACAAGGAGCUGUUCAAGAUGUGUCUGGUUGAUGCGCGUAUGCUGGAGCACCUCACCAAGAAGGACCUGAGAACAGCUCUCAAAAUGGUGGAUGCCGCGCACCGAAACAGCUUGCAGUACGGCAUCUCAGUGCUCAAGAAACUGGACUACAGAAGAAAGGAACUGGAAGACAGAAGAUCUAAAGUUGAUGUUAAGACAAUGAAAGAUGUCCUAGUGUGGGGCACAGAUCAUGUGAUGCUGUGGGUGGGGUCCAUCGGUCUCAAGGACUAUGCUGCCAACCUGACGGAGAGUGGGGUGCAUGGCGGAGUGUUUGCUCUGGACAACGACUAUGACCAUCAAAAGUUGGCACUGGCUCUCAAGAUACCUCUCACCAACCCUGAGAUUCGCCAGAAGUUGAGACUGGAGUUCACCAAACUGUUAGUGGAGGGUACCAAGCGAGUGAGCUCGGAGAGUCAGUCGCACGGGAAGAUAGUUCGUAGACUGAGCAAAAAGCUGAAGGUUGGUACGAGAAAGGUACCGCCUCAGAAAGAGUUUGCGUUUGCACGUCCCCACUCCCCUGUGCUGUACGCUGCCAACCCCACCCCCCUGCACAGUCUAUUGGAGCAGAGCGACUCAAACUCCUCCCAAAACACCACCCACUCCUUCGAUACAGUGGGUACUCCUGGGUCACCACUAGAGGUCAAUACAGAACAAUAGCCAAAAUAAUUUUACUGUUUAGUGAUUUUUUUGUUUUUCAUUAUUAAUCAACUUAAUUAUCUAGCCUCCAUUUUUCUCUUUGUGUGCACUUGUGAACAUAAUUUAUGUCCACACUUCUUUUAAAUGAAA